CCUUGUUCAUAGUCCCACAUUGUUGAUCUAAUUUAGACUUUUUUUUUUAGAUAGACGUACAACUGCGUAAAAUGUCUGAUAUACCAGAUGAAGAUGACGACUUUACCAUUGAUCCCAAUGAUGUUGUUCAAGUUAUUGAGCUUGAUGAUAGUGAAGGAGAAAUGGACGGAGAGUCAGAUUUACUUGGAGUAAGUGAUGAGGAAAAUGAAAAUGAAAUGGACACUGAGGAGGCGGCAGCUGCAGCACAUCAGAGAGAUGAUUCUAUACUUACUUUUAUUGGUCAUACCAACUCUUCAGUCAUUUGCACCAGGCUAAACCCAGUCGAUAACAAUAUAGCUGUGACUGGAGGUCAAGAUGACCAGGCCUUGGUUUGGAAUACCCGAGAAGGUUCUAUCUACUUUCAGUGUACAGGUCACACAGACACAGUUGUCAGUGUUGGUUUCAGUCACGAUGGUAAGCUGGUAGCCACAGCUGACAUGAAAGGCCUGAUCAAAGUUUGGAAGGUUGAGACAGGAACAGUCGUCUGGUCAUUUGAUGGGACGGACCUAGAGUGGAUUCAGUGGCACAAAGCUGCUCCUGUUCUACUGGCAGGCACCAAGGAGGGUGAGGUCUGGAUGUGGAAGAUACCGUCGGGAGACUGUAAAACGUUUGCCGGGCGUGGACCCAGUGCACAGUGUGGAUUAAUAAUGCCUGAUGGAAAAACUGCUUGUGUCGGAUAUGAAGAUGGUGUUGUUAAAAUUUGGGAUCUGAAAUCAUCCAGUGCGAUACACACAGUUUCUGAUCAUGAAGGUCACAAGGAGCCAGUAUUUUGUUUGGAUCAUAACAGCAGCGGCUCUUUGGUCAUGACUGGCUCUGAGGACAUGACGGCCAAAGUUAUCAACACCUCAACCGGCAAGGUCGUGUCAACACUUGCUUGUCAGAAAACGGAAGAAGACGAAGAUUCUGUUGAAGCUGUAGGUUUCUCCCACUUACAUGAUUACGCCACCACCGGAACACUUGGGGGUGCUCUUGAGAUCUGGGACCUGCCAACGAAAUCUGUUCGCCAUCGAUGUGAGCACCCUCAUGGUAUUGUCAAGAUUGUCUGGUCCAAAGUUUUCCCAACCUUCUUCACAUCCUGUCUAGAUGGCAACAUCAGGCAGUUUGAUUCACGGAAUGGCGAGAUGGUUCGCACUUGGCAGGGUCACAGAGCUGCCAUUUUGGAUUUCGAUUUGUCAAGAGAUGAAUCUCUUUUAGUUACUGCAUCCGAUGACUCGACUGCCAAAGUAUUUCAUAUACAAUGACAACGUGUGUUUUAAACUAAUAAAAAAAUUUACAAAAUAUA